UUUACUUGAGGAAGUAGCUGCGUUUAGCGCUGCAGCUUUAUCGCGAUGGAAGCGAUACGUGGCGAUAUAGCGGUAACAAAUUGGCUUUUGCUUUGGAAAUUCUGGCCCAGUUCGAAAACGCUUCCGCGACACAGGCACACAAUUAAAAGUUCUCGCAGCUCAAUUACCCGGCUAUCGAUCAGGAAAAACGGGGAGCAGGAGUUGCACGCCGCGCGCCACAGAACGAAGUUGAAUCGGAAAACAAGGAGGAGGGCAUGGGUAUGGAACAGCUUGAGAAAAGUCCAUAAAGGAAACAAGAAAUGGAUCUGGAAGUUCGGUGAUGGGAACGAUUUUAAAAUUACCUGUAAAAAACCAUUCUUAUCGAAACCUUAAGUGCUUUUAAAAUAUUUUUGCUACAGGGUUUCGCUGUUUAAAAUGCUGGUCCACAACAGCCUAGCUCCCACUCUACUUACAUAUUUG